AUGUCGAACUCCAGCAGGAAGGACUUUGACGUGAAGCACAUCUUGCGCCUCCGCUGGAAACUGUUCAGUCACCCGGCGGCGCCCGCGGGCGGCUGCUUGCAACCGGACGGCAGCUUCGAGCACUGGGGCCCGAGCCAGAGCCGGCUGCUGAAGAGCCAGGAGCGAAGCGGAGGCGGCGGCGGCGGAGGCGCCUUCUGGAAGAAAGCCGCCUCCUCCUCGUCCUCCUCCUCCUCCGCCGCCUCGCCCUCGCCGUCCUCGGCCGCCGCCUGCCCGCCGCCCUGCGCCGUCUCUUCCCUGCCCCUCAACGGGACGUCGCUCCCGGCCACCCGGCUCCAUGGGCUGGCCGAGCCCCAAGGUCCCCCGCCGGCUCCUCGCACCAUCUUCUACGUCGAGGCGCUGGACGAAGGGCCCGGCGGUGGAGGAGGAAGAGGAGGAGGAGGAAGCAGCGGAGGGGACUUCGCUGAGUUCCCCCGCCCGGAGGAGAAGGCGCUGGUGCUGCGCGAAGUCAAGGGGGAGCCGCUGCCCUUCGCGGAUGGAGGCGGCCGGGCAACAGGUGAAGGCGCCGCGCACAGGCACUCAGCAGCCAAUCAUCCUUUGACUCCUCAGUGCGAUAUGGAUCUUAGUACUUCUGAAGAAUUCUACCAAGCUGUUCACCAUGCUGAGCAGACCUUCAGAAAGAUGGAAAGCUACCUGAAGCAACAGCAGCUUUGUGAUGUUAUUUUAAUUGCUGGGAACCGUAAGAUACCUGCACACAGGCUUGUACUCAGCUCAGUUUCGGAUUACUUUGCUGCCAUGUUUACGAAUGAUGUUUGCGAAGCCAAGCAAGAAGAAAUCAAAAUGGAAGGCAUUGAUCCUGGUGCACUUUGGGAUCUCGUUCAGUUCGCAUAUACAGGUUGUUUGGAACUUAAGGAAGAUACAAUCGAAAACCUCCUGGCAGCUGCGUGUCUUCUUCAGCUCCCUCAAGUAGUUGAAGUGUGUUGUCAUUUCCUCAUGAAGCUUUUACAUCCAUCCAACUGUUUGGGAAUCCGGGCCUUUGCAGAUGCUCAAGGAUGCACAGAACUUAUGAAGGUGGCUCACAGUUACACCAUGGAGAACAUCAUGGAGGUGAUUAGGAAUCAAGAAUUUUUACUGUUGCCAGCAGAGGAACUGCACAAACUUCUUGCCAGUGAUGAUGUGAAUGUUCCUGAUGAAGAAACCAUUUUCCAUGCCUUAAUGAAGUGGGUCAAAUAUGACCUGCAAAGGAGAUGUAACGACUUGAGUAUGUUGCUUGCCUACAUCCGGCUACCGCUUCUUCCACCACAGAUUUUAGCGGACCUAGAAAACCAUGCACUUUUUAAAGAUGACUUGGAAUGUCAGAAGCUGAUUCUGGAAGCCAUGAAAUACCAUCUUUUGCCAGAAAGACGAACACUUAUGCAAAGUCCAAGAACAAAGCCAAGGAAAUCUACCGUUGGGACCUUGUAUGCUGUUGGAGGAAUGGACAACAAUAAAGGUGCUACAACCAUUGAGAAGUACGAUCUUAGGACCAAUAUAUGGAUCCAGGCUGGAGUAAUGAAUGGAAGAAGGCUACAGUUUGGUGUGGCUGUUAUUGAUGACAAGCUCUUUGUUAUUGGAGGGCGAGAUGGCUUAAAGACAUUAAACACGGUCGAAUGUUAUAAUCCGAAAACAAAGGCUUGGACCGUCUUGCCUCCAAUGUCUACUCACAGACAUGGCUUAGGAGUUACUGUUCUUGAAGGGCCCAUUUAUGCAGUAGGAGGUCAUGAUGGCUGGAGCUAUUUGAAUACAGUCGAGAGGUGGGACCCACAAAGUCAACAGUGGACCUUUGUGGCCAAUAUGUCCAUUGCCAGAAGCACCGUUGGGGUGGCAGCUUUAAAUGGCAAAUUAUACUCAGUUGGUGGCCGAGACGGAAGUUCUUGCUUGAGUUCUAUGGAGUAUUAUGAUCCUCACACCAAUAAAUGGAACAUGUGUGCUCCAAUGUGCAAAAGAAGAGGAGGAGUUGGAGUGGCCACUUGUGAUGGUUUUCUUUAUGCUGUCGGAGGCCAUGAUGCCCCUGCCUCUAACCAUUGCUCCAGACUCUUGGAUUAUGUUGAGAGGUAUGACCCCAAAACUGAUACCUGGACAAUGGUGGCCCCACUGAGUAUGCCUCGUGAUGCUGUUGGCGUCUGCAUCCUGGGCGAUAAAUUAUAUGCCGUGGGUGGCUAUGAUGGACAGACGUACUUAAACACGAUGGAGUCGUAUGAUCCACAGACCAAUGAAUGGACACAGAUGGCCUCUCUAAAUAUUGGAAGAGCUGGGGCCUGCGUCGUAGUCAUAAAGCAAGCAUGA